UGUUUUAAUCCCGGCGGCCACAGGAGGAAACCAUGAGACCGUCCCACCCCUGAAAACAAACGCUGAGCUCGAUAAGACUGACAUGGACGGUUUAUAAGCAUGUUUCUAUCUGUUUGUGACAGGCCUGUGGCUCCUGUCCCGAGUGGCCGCUAAGGGACAACCUUCCCUGCUUCUGUUUGCGCAGCGCAGCAUCGGGACGAGUGUCACUGCGUAACGUUCGGGAGGAUCAGCAUCACGCCCGGGGAGGCCGCGUUCAGGAACUGCACUACACAGGACGCCAGUGAUGAAAACACUCGGGUAUUGUCUGACUCCCCCCACUUCAUAAACACAUCACCAUGGCGACGAGAAGAAAAGGCUCCACCUCUAAGGGUGGGGUGCGUUUCCCUGACGACGAUGAGCCCCCUGGCUCCCCAACGCGGAGAGACGACCAGUCAAACGUCUCCACGCUCAUCGCAGCCCUGGAGAAGGAUGGCACGUACCUAGUCAAGGCUGGUUUCCUGAAAAGCCACCACUGUUAUGAGAUUGUCUUCACAGUCCCAGAUGUGCCCUCACUGGGCAAAGAGCUCUCCUGUUUUCCUUCCUCGUCCCCCACUCGCAGGUCCUCCAGCCUCCACGUGCAUCGCACGACCUCCACACUAGAAGGGGGAGUAAAAGUGAUGUGUGAGUACAGGACGCGCCAGGAGGGAGUCCAGCAGGAGCUGAUGACUCUGGUGACCAGAGGAAGAAGGGACAGCAGCGUGAAGGUCAAACUGCAGGCCAAGGUCAUCGACCCACAUCACGGCACUCCCAUGCUGCUGGAGGGUGUGAGGUGUCUGGGCGCUCAGAAGGACGCCCAUGCAAAGAAGAAGUGAUCCACAUGUUCUGUACGUGUACUGUAUCAAAGCAUCAUUCAGCAACUGGGCCAGGAUUAGUGGGUUAGGAAAUCCUACGUAUUUGCAUCGACUCAUUUUCAGUUUCCAAUUCCCAUACACUCAUCAUGGAAUGAUGGAUCUGCUGCAUUGCUCAGUCACUAAUUCACAAACUAAGUGGUUUUAGAUCUUUCACCAUUGAAUCAGUGUUUUAGGGGUUUGUAUGUAGUUCUGACGUGUGAUUUGAAUCUCUCUGAGCUGGAGAAGACACCAGUGAAUUAGGCCCGAAGAAGAGAACCUGACAUUCAUGUCACUGAUGAAUGUAUGUGACUCAGUUGUACAUAAUAAUCAGAUCCAUUACUACUUGUAUGAACCAAGAACAAUUCCUUGUUUUUAACUGUGUGUUUACUUUGCAGUGAAAUAAGGAGAAACCUGACAUUUUAAUUGAAUCUUCUUGGUGCCAUUAGAGAUCGUCAGGUCUUGUCCUCUGAGCUGUAGCUGUUAGUGUCACUUUAUUUGGGUAAUAAUAAGUAACUUUGUGUAGAAACUCUGAUGUCACACACAUUAAUAGAAAUAGUACAUCUAAAUAAAUAACUGGGCAGCUGCCAAUGAGUUUGUUGAGUGUAAUGUUGCUUCAGUCUCACUGAUUUCUGUUUGCUCAAUGACAGAACAGCCAUGACGUCAUCAUCUGGCUUUUUCCAGAUCUUACCGUCUGUCUAAACUUGAGACUUGUUCCUGAUUUGUGUGAAUGUUCACCACAAAGACACUCAUCUCACAGUGCAGUAGUAUGUCUAUUGGAAUGAACCGGCAACAGUACAGUAAUCUGUAUCAAUCAGACGUUGCACUUUAUUGCUGUUGUAGUUCAUCAUCAGUUUUUCUGAUUAAAGCCAUUCAUGAAGGAAGAAAA